AUGUCGAGUAGAAUCCAAGAGAUGAGUUUUGAAAAGUCGACUGAUUUAUCAUUAGCACCUUCUAAAACAUCUGCACGCGGUGGCAGUUUUAACGGGGGGAUGAUUGAUGAAAAAGGGACACAAUUUGAAGUAGAUAACGUUAGUGAACGUGAUAAAGAGAGUAAUGAGGGAGAUCAGGACAAUACAAAGGCCGGCGAAUCUCUCGUAGAGCAGUUUUUAAGCUUCAACAUAUCAGAAGAUCCGAUAUUGGAGUUACGGGGCUCUGAUGGAACCAGGGAUGUGACUAGUGAUGGGGUGAUGGGCACAACCAAUACCUUUGCAGGGUCAAUAGGGACGUCUACUGGGUCACCGGCGGCCUUGCGAGAUAAAUUUAUAGUGAGGAAGAGAACGCAAUUUCUUCGGAGUUUGCCUGAGAACCGGAAAGCAGAGGAGGAAGCUAAUUCCAGCGUAAUAUCGGACAUCAUUAACCGAUCAAUGCAUCUGCCGCAACUGGAUUUGAGUUCCCUGGAUCAGAAUUUUAGGUCUGGAAGCAAUGCUACUGAAACAGUACAGCUUAGAAAGGAACUUAUGAAUUGUAGGAUCCAAUUGAGGCUUCAGAGUGAUUUAUUGAAGGAGAAAUACAUAGAAAAGGUAGGUCAAGAGGAGUUAUCAGCUUCCGCACACUUGAGUGCUGUUAAUGAUGCGUUGAGGGGUGAAUUGGAGGACCUUGAAGGAUCUUUCCAUGGUGUUAAAGUUCAAUUGGAGAAGAUGCAUUUGGAUUAUGAAGAAUGGCAGGCUGCUUUGGGGAAAGUAAUGACAAAACUUCGUGAGAGCAAUGACAAGAAGGUGCAAAAAGUGUUGUUGAACUGUAAAGAAGAAUCAGAUAUGAAGAACAAGUUGGAUAUUGUGGAUUCUGGAGUGGGACUAUUGAUUGAAGAUAGAAAGAAUGAAGGGAUCUCAAUGAAUAAUAAAUUAAAGAGCGUGUUAGAUGAGCUGAAAUCCGAGAGAGAACAAUUUGAAGUACUCAGCAGAAAUCUUGAAGAUUAUAAGUCGUCCAGUAAGAUGGCAAGCGAGUCGGAUGAAGUGGGGAAGCUUAGAGAUGAACUAGGAACGAAGGAGGAUGCAUACAGACAAGUAAAGGAAGAACUAAAGGCAUCUGAAGAGAGAGUAGGACGAUUAUUAGACGAGCAGAGAGAGACUGCAGGAGAGAUUGAUGGAUUACAAGAACAAUUGAACAAUUUUAAAAAGAUGAAGACCGAACUGGAGUCAGAAAUUAAUGACUUGAAAGUACAGAACGACGAUUUGGCCAACCAGACUUCAGAUGCUGAGGGUAACUCGCGUGUCGAUGCCAUUUUGGCCACUGACAUCAAUUUCCAAACGCACGCAAUAAAGAUCUUGAGCCGUCUUUUAGACAAAAAGUCUAUUAGAGAGGCGGCUGAGAAGGUACUUCAAUUGGCCAACAGAGAUCAGCUAGAGCUUAAAAAUGGUCCAGUGAGACAGCUUCUUGCAGCUGUGUAUGAUUAUCUGUUGGCAGGAAUACAGACGGUGGUGAUGAGUCGACUUGAAAUGACCCGAGAGGCCAAUGAUCAGAUCGAACGCGAUCGUAAAAUUAUCGACAAUGUACAGAAAGAGCUUAAAGAAAAGCCUGGUAAAUUAUUGGAAGAUGCGACAAGUUCCACCAGCAAACUACGCAUCGAUGAGCUUACAAAGCGCUGGAAAACUGCCGAGGAGGCCCUUAGUUUUGAGCGCAAGCAGAGUAAGAAGCGGUUGGAUGAGUUGGAGCAGGAGAAUUCUCGACUUAAAGCAAAGGUGGAUCUCACAAGCCUACAAACGUAG